AUGUUGUGUGGAGAAAAAGUUACUGACUAUGAAAUGUUAGAAAAAACAUAUACUACUUUUCAUGCCUCUAAUGUGCUCUUGCAGCAGCAAUAUAGAGAGCAAAAUUUUAAAAUAUAUUCAGAAUUGAUUUCAUGUCUUCUAGUAGCUGAGCAAAAUAAUGAUCUUUUGAUGAAAAAUCAUGAAUCUCGCCCAGCUGGGUCUGCUCUAUUCCAUGAAGUGAAUGCUACAAUUGCUGACAAUCAUAAUCAUAGUCGUGAUCGUGAUCAUAAUCAAAGUAAUAGACGUGGUCGUUACCAUAAUCAAAGUCGCGAUCGCGGUCGAAGCAAUGUUUGGCAUUGUAAUGGCCAGAAUAAAAUUUCGUAUACUCCAAUGAAAAACACAACUACUGAGAACAAGGGAAAAGGUCCUCAAAAUAAUAAUCGUAGAAAUUCUAAAAAUUUAUGUUCCAGAUGUGGAAUAAAAGGACACUGGGCACGUGCCUGCCGUACGGCAAAACACCUUGUUGAUCUUUAUCAAGCAUAUGUGAAAGGAAAGGAGAAAAUGGAAGCAAAUUUUGCCUAUCAAGAUGAUGGUUUUCUCAAAGAGCCUUUGGAUAUUACGCACUUAGAUGUUGCAGAUUUUUUUAAUGAAGAUCUCAUUAAUUGCAACAUAAAUAUCGAUAAUGGAGAUGGGAGUGUCCACAAUUAG